GUUGCCAGGGUUACAGAUACACACAACAUGGUGGCUGGAAACCGUGAACUCCUGUCGCCGGUAAAAACAUCCACACAGAAAAGGAUAUCACCGACAAGACAGGCUGAAAAAAACAAACCAUCAAAAAGCAAAUGUCAAAAAAGACGAUGGUGCAUAAGGGACCGGGCUAUGGCUAUCAAAAAAGGCGAGAGGGGGAGUCAAGAAGCUGCAUCCGGUUUAAGUGCACCCUGAUAAACACGAUACAAGAUGUGCUGCGACAGAGAGCUGGCUGGGUGGAAGUGAAGGAUGACAGCGAGUGGGAUUUUUACUGGUGUGAUGUGGGAUGGCUCCGGGAAAAUUUUGACCACGUCUACAUGGAAGAGCAUGUGCGAAUCUGUCACUUCCGAAACCACUAUGAGCUGACUCGUAAGAAUCUGAUGGUGAAGAACCUGAAGAGAUACCGCAAGCUGCUGGAGCGUGAGGUGGGGAGGCAGGAGGCGGCCAAGUGUGACUUCUUCCCCUGCACCUUUGAGCUGCCCUGCGAGUAUCACCUGUUCGUGGAGGAGUUCAAGAGGAGUCCCGGGAGCACCUGGAUCAUGAAGCCGGUUGCCAGGUCCCAGGGAAAGGGCAUCUUCCUCUUUCGCAAACUGAAGGAUAUCAUGGACUGGAAGAAGGAUGGGAACCGUUCAGAGGAUCAGAAGGAUGAGACACAGGUGGAGAGCUACGUGGCUCAGCGUUACAUUGAGAAUCCAUAUCUCAUUGGAGGUAGGAAGUUUGAUCUACGAGUCUAUGUGCUGGUAACAUCAUACGUUCCUCUCAAAGCCUGGCUGUACCGAGAUGGAUUUGCUCGUUUUUCCCUGACUCGCUUUUCCCUCAGUUGCAUUGACGAUCACUACAUCCAUCUCACAAACGUAGCAAUACAGAAAACAGCUCCGGAUUACGAUCCUGAAAAGGGCUGUAAGUGGCAGAUGCAGCAACUGCGGCGGUACCUGAGCGCUCGGCACGGAGCGGAGAGCGUGGAGGCACUCUUCAGGAACAUCGACGACAUCUUCAUCCGGAGCCUGCAGAGCGUGCAGAAGGUCAUCAUCAACGACAAGCACUGCUUUGAGCUCUAUGGAUACGACAUCCUGCUGGACCAGGCUCUCAAACCGUGGUUAAUAGAAGUGAAUGCUUCCCCCUCACUCACUGCCAGCAGCCAGGAGGACUAUGAAUUGAAGUGCCGUCUUCUGGAGGACACUUUGCAUAUUGUAGACAUGGAGGGGAGGCUCACUGGCAAAGAGAAGCAGAUUGGAGGAUUCGACCUCAUGUGGAACGACGGUCCUGUCUCCAAGGACGAUGUAAACCUGGACGCUUUGGGGAGCUCCACCUUAACUGCCAACACUCACUUAGGGUAUGUAAAUGACAGGAAGAGACAGCUGAGACAGCUUCUGAAACCCCUCCCAGGACAGAAGAAAGUAUGACAGGAAACAGCCAACCCACAGAGGGACUGAGAGAUCAAAGGAAGAGGACUUGGACAAGCCAGAGCAGAAAGAGAAUGAUAGUGACAUCAGCAGUCAGGCUGACCAGCAGUAAAACAUAUUUUAGUAAAUCAUUUUUUAAAACAAGACUCAAGUGGAUGACAAUUCUAUAGUAGCUUUACAUGAAAAAAACAAAACACAUUUUAUUUUAAUCAUGGUAAACUAAACUUUUUUUUUGUUUUUUUGUCUGAAACAAGUACACAAUGGGUGAUCACUGUGCCAGCAUGGCUUACCGAAGUGUUGUAAUGACAUACGCUCACACAUGAAUGAUUUGUACCCUCUGAAUAUUUCAUUCAGGCCAUCUGUGUAGUGCUAGCUCACCAAGGACAGAGAGGAGAUGCUUUACAAAUACGCUGCUCAUGUCAAAGUACCAUAUUGAAGUCUUUGAAGUGAAAGACAGACUCUGAACAGAGGCUCCUAUUACAAAAGAUGAGUUUUUAGUCCACACAAAUAAGCAAAGACUUUUCUGUCCACGGCAGGUAACACACUUACAGUCACA